AUGUUGGGUAUUGUCAUGUACCCAAUCUGUCUGGUUAAGAGUCUCGGAUCAUUGGGGUACCUCAUUACGGUUAGUAUUCUCGGAAUAUUCUGCUGGAUCGCCUGCAUCGAGGGUGUCACGACGUACAUCUUCGGUUUCUGCAACCAAGCUAACAUGCCCGAGAUCCACAUUGAGAUGAGCAAUAGGAGCCCUAAGAAGCUGCGCUCGGUCGCCGUCUGGUCUGCCGUUAUUUGCACUGCUGUUUACUUCAUUAUUGCCAUCUCGUUCCUUCUGGUUUUCGGUUCUGAUGCACAGAGUAGUGUCUUGCUUAACAUGGCUGAUUGGAUUCCCCAGGGUGAUGUUGUUGUCAUCAUUGGCUUCAUUUGGACGGGCAUUUCAUUCAUUGGCACUUAUCCGUGUAUGGUGUAUCCUGUCCGUGUUGCCCUCAUCAACACCUUCCAACCAAAGCGUGCUGACUUCUGA